AUGGAGGGGUGUCUGACCUUAAAGAGCACACUGCAGGUGCUACCCAUGUGUCACAGAAUCACUAAAUGGCAGGACGCAAGUGUGAGUGGAUUUAACAGCACUGUGUUCUCCAUUGAUGGAGAGAACAUCACUUUGCCAUGUAAAAAUGUGGUUUAUCAGGACUGCUCCUCAACUACAUGGAUCUAUAAUAAUGAAAAUCAUGAUAAUGUUAUUGAACUGGUUGGUCACGGGAAGGUCAAAACAGAAAAGAAAAACAGGACUAGCAGACUGAGUGUGGGGUCAAACUGCUCUCUCAACAUCCAUAAAGUCAAAGCUAAAGAUGCUGGAAACUACACCUGUCAACAGUUUCUACAUGAAGGUGGAGAUAAAACUGGAGUGGAUUACUCUGUUCACCUGACUGUUCUCAAGAUCCACCCAUCCCUCAAACAGACUGAGAUACAGUCUGCCAGAACUGUGACUCUCUACUGCUCCCUGCACUCACAGUACACACAGUGUGAUGAUCUAGUCAGGACUGAAAGACUGAGACUGAGCUGGGUGAAUGAGACAGGUGCUGAUCUACAGAACACCCCCACAGUCACAAUCUCACACUUGUCUGAGUGUAACAUCAGUCUGACUGUGGAGCUCCAGGACCAAGACAAUAAGAGAGAGUGGAGAUGCCAGCUGACUAAGGGAAAGGAGAUACAGACCUCAGUCUGCCUGGGCACCGGAUGGACAGGUAGGAUGUUAAUGUAG